AUGGCUGAGGCGCGCGUGGUGCCGAGCGACUUGUUCCCGCUCGUCUUCUCCUUCCUGAAGGAGAACCACUUCGAGGGGGCGGCGCGGGCUUUCGGGAAGGCGGCUGGCGUGACAGAGCAAGACCCCAAUGCUGCUUCUCUGUUAGAUGUCUUCAAUUACUGGCUGAAGUCUCCUGAAGCCAAAAAACGGAAAGCUUUUCCCAAUGGCCCACCUGCAAAGAAAGCAAAAAAAGAAUCUUCAUCCAGUUCUGAGAGCUCCAGCGAAGACGAGGUGCCACCACCCAAAAAAAUGGCUGCAGGGACGAAGCCAGCCUCUGCUCCUAAAGCAGUGGUAAAGGCAGCUCCUGUCAAGGCAGAAAGCAGCAGCGAUGACUCCAGUGACUCUUCAGACUCGGAGCAAGAGAAGAAGAAGCCAGCAAAGAAAGGAAUGGCUCCUCAAGUGAAGAAAGGUACCGUGAAAGCAAAGCCCCAGAAGAAAAAGUCAUCGAGUUCCAGUUCAGAUUCCAGUAGUUCAGAAGAUGAAGCACCAAAGAAGCAGACACCGAAACCAAAACCAGUCAAAAAGGCAGUAAAGCUAGUUUCUAAACCAGCAAAAGUUGCCAAGGGGGUGCCCAAAAUUACCAACGGCACAGCAGAGGUCAGCAGCAGCAGCAGCAGCAGCAGCAGUGAAGAUUCUGAUACUGAAAAAGGUACACCUGCAAAGAGUGCCCCGAAGAAAGCGCCACUGCCCAAACCUAAAGCUGUGAGCAAAAAGAGCAGCAGUAGCAGCAGCGAGGAUUCCUCUGACAGUUCAGAAGAUGAAAAGCAAGCCUCAAAACCCAAAUCUGGCCAGUACAGUGCUGUGCCACCCCCACUGGCCUUAGAGCCAAAGAAAGGCAAAGAACCAGGUGUUGCUUCUAAGAAGAUUGACAGCAGAGCCAAAAAGGAGCAGUUGUCAAAGAAGAAAACAGCAGCUGAACAGCCUGUAGCUAAACAGACACUUGGCUCCAAAUCUGCUGUCACUGUUACUCAAAAAGGAGAGUCGUCCUCAGAGAGUGAAUCGGAUUCCAGCUCUGAGGAGGAAGACGAGAAAGUACCAGUCAAGCGCUCUGCCAGGCCUGCCGCAACAAAAGGAGCUGUUAAACCAUCGCAGUUGAAGCAAGCGGACAGCUCCUCUGAUAGCUCAGAUUCUGACAGUUCAGAGGAUGAAGUUCCAGUGAAGUCUGCAGUGAAGCCAACCCCAAAGGCAAAGAAAGCAAGCAGCCGCUCUAGCGAGGACAAGAAGGUGCCCCCAUCCAAACCUAGUGCAAAGACUCCCAAGGCAGUCUCCAAGUCUAAGGCCCCUGCUCCAAAAGCCAGCAGUUCAGACUCCGAGAGUUCAAGCAGUGAAGAGGAACAGAGCAAGCCUGCCUUGAAUUCGGCUGGUAGAUCACCCAGAGGCCCCAAAGUGGCUGAUGGGAAACAGGCAACAGUUGCCAGUAGCAGCUCUUCAGAUAGCUCCAGCGAGGAAGAGCUUAGAAUGGAAGGAGACAGACCAGGAAAGGAAACGAAGAGCAGCUGUGAUAGCGCUAAGAGGAAGAAAUCAAAGGCUUCAUCCACACCCACAGGAAAAAGUUCCACAGCGAAGACUUCCAAAGUGGCUAGUGCCACAAAGAGUCAUGACGGCAGUUCGGAUGAAGGGGCAGUGAACGGAGGCCUGACCAAGAAGAAGCGAAAAAGGGAAGACGAUCAGGCGUUGGAGACUCCGGAGCUCAAGAAGAGCAAAACCAAACCUAAGACACCCCACUCGUUCCCCAAGAUGAAGCGGCAGUCAAGUCCAUUCCGGAGAGUGAAAGCAGAGGAGGUUGAAUUGGAUGAACGGGUAGCCAACAACUCCUUUGACGCCAAGAAAGGAGCAGCUGGGGACUGGGGUGAAAAGGCGAACGAAGUCCUGAAGUUUACAAAAGGCAAAUCCUUCCGUCACGAGAAGACGAAGAAGAAGAGGGGAAGCUAUUGCGGUGGCACCAUCUCUACGCAGAUAAACUCCAUCAAAUUUGAAAGUGAUUAAAGUUCGCGUAUGUCUGUGGACUCCCAGGCCUGAGCCAUGUGGAAAGGCUGAAUGCAGAGUGGGGUCUCUCCCUUGCCAAGUGUUGAUUUACGUGGCCCCUGUACAGGGAACACAGAAGGACAGCUGCAUCUUCACAUAUAGAGAGAACUUGGCAGCGUGGUCUUCAUUGAAGACCCCCUCGUGGUGCCGUUUGGUUUCCUCGACUUUUAGUUAGUACCUUUUUAUUUCGGAAGGAAACGCCCUUUUUUGAUUUUCAACAAAUAUAAUAUUUUAAAUAAUUGAUUGAAAGUAACACGUGAUCUGUACAACUCCCCAUUAUUCAACGCUCGUUUGACUGGGAAUGAAGUCUUUCUGUCCUUUCAAAUGGCCUGUUUUGCUGCCCUUUCGUCUUCAGUUGAGAUUUCUUGCAGGGUACUCUGAGAACGGAGCACAGAAUGAAUGCAGGCUUGAGGGGGGGGGGGCGGGAAGUCUCUGCUCUUCCUCUAAGGCUCUUGGGGACUCACGCAAGUCACAAGGGGUGUAGGGUCUUUGGGGGCUUCCAUAGGCUUAGCAAACGGGGGGAAAGGGUAUUAUGCUGAAUACCUUAUUGCGCCUCAGCGCAGGCAGACAGGCAGCUGUUUGGUUCCUGUUGCUUCUCUUGCGAUCCUGUCUUUAUUUUGGGGCAUUCUUACACCAUCCCCCUUGCCCUCCAAUAAGUCAGCAACAGCAGCUUGAAGAACCUGAGGGUAACGCUCCCUUUUUCUUCAGUAGACUUAAUCAUGCCUAUGCAGGGCCAUUGACUGCCUGAAGUUUAGAUCUUGGCUCCGUUCUUUCAGUAGACCAGAUGUUAAAAACUCAGACCUGUUGUCUUUGUCUCUGAGGAAAUCAGAAACCUCGGAGUGAAAUAGCUGCAGAGUGAAGUGCAGUUCUUGUGCCUUUGUCUUUGUCCAUGUGACAUAGCUAAAGAGGAGGAGAAACAGGCCUCAGAGUAGCAGCUCUAAAGAUGAUCAGCAUCUUGUCGGUGGGCAGUGCGUCACAGUGGCCUCUUCUUCAUCCUAUAGGCUUCUGAUUCCAUCCAGUGAAGGCCGUGUUCACAACGGCCACUUUCCUUUUAGUGAAUGUGUCGACUUCAUUUUUCCAGAGUGUUAGUUCCCCUGACAGCUGUGAGAUACUUCCAGAUGUAGACAAGAACAUCUAGACUGACGUUGCUUUGGGUACCAAAGGAAGACAACCUGGCAGGUGGGGCCUAGAGAUGUGAGGGUUGAACCCAGCUGGCUAGGGGAAAUGAGGCUUGAGCAAGGAGUAUUGGCUGAUAAUUGAGGAUAGAACAUCUCCGAUUGUAAUAGUGUUCCUGGGCUGAGGGUAGGGUGGGGGGCAGGAGUUAUACGUUUCAUCCAUCUGGUUAUGUGUGUGUGUAAAGGGAGAGCACACAGUCAAGCAAUUCCCUUACCUAAAGUCUGGCACGGUACAAAUCCAGGCACAGCUCUUAUUUCUGGUGAGCUGUUCCUCUAGAGAAUGUUCAAGAUGCCAUUGACAACAGUUCAAAAUCCUUUCCCCCUUUGUGACACUAAGUACUGUGCUGGCCGCAUUGAGAGGGGACAUUUCUUAACACCCUGACAGGCUGUUCUUUCUACAACCUUGGCUCUUAACUGUAGUAUGUACCUUGGACUGUUCUCACAGGAUUUCACAUAUCAAGAAGACUUCUGACUUGUAUGAGGAAGGUUGGAAAUUUUACUUGAAUUGACGAAGUGUCUAGUACAAUAAAAAUGUUUAUAAAAUGUU